UCCUGGAACGGCCACGCAAAGAGGCAGCUCGAAAGCCUAAUAUUCAUUUUGCUGUGAAACAUACACUGAUUUAAAUCGAUAACUGGAAAUUUUCAUCGGAUUUUAUUUUGGUCUAAGAACGACUUGGAAAGAAAGACAUCGUUCCGUGCUUUAUCGGCUAUGUUUUAAGCGGCGGCAAAGAUAAAAUGUUUAGUAAAUGAAAACAGCAUGUGUUCGUGAACAGCUAUGCAAGUCAGCUUUUUGAUAUCUACUUUUUGUUCUUCCCCUAAAUAACACCGUUACUUGUGCUGCGCGACACAAAAACAGGGAACAAGGCCUCUAAAGCAAUCGAAGAUGUUGCGCCGGUACGCUCGUGAACGGCGCGAAUAUCUGUACAAUAAAACCGUCGACGACAAACGCAAAAGAAUCGAAGCCAAAAAAGAAAAGCUACGCACAGCUGUCGAAGGGAACCGCCCGUUGCCAACUGAACUGCGCAAUGAAGCGCUUAAGUUACACGAAUCGCUGGAAUGGGACCUAGCAACGCCAUUCUCGCACAAUGCAGAAGAUGACGAAUACCGCUGGGCUGGUGUCACGGACCCAAAGAUUGUGAUAACGACUACUCACGAUCCCUCCGCUUCAUUGAAACAAUUUGCUAAAGAGCUCAAAUUGAUAUUCCCAAACGCGCAAAAAAUGAAUCGAGGAACGUAUGACCUUAAGGAAUUGGUUACAGCAUGUCGCGCCAAUGAAGUGACUGACUUUAUCAUCGUACAGGAGACUCGGGGAAGACCUGAUGGCCUUGUUAUCUGUCAUUUACCUUAUGGGCCUACUGCAUAUUUUACGAUCUACAAUGCAAUAAUGAGGCACGAAAUUCCUGAUAUUGGCACAAUAUCCGAGGCGUAUCCUCAUCUUCUGUUCAACAACUUUACUACGAAACUCGGCAAGCGCGUGGAAUCCAUUCUAAAAUACCUCUUUCCCGUUCCAAAGCAGGAUUCGAAAAGAGUCAUUACAUUUGCUAACGUCGACGACUACAUUCUAUUUAGGCAUCACACGUAUUCAUCGAUAAAUGGGCAGGUGGAACUGCAAGAGGUCGGACCGCGUUUUGAGCUGAAACUAUACGAUAUAAAGUUAGGAUCUAUCGAUGAAGCAGCAGCUCUUGAUUCCGAAUGGAGUUUUAAGCCUUUCAUGAAUACUACGCGCAAGAGGCUUUUCCUUGGGGAACCGUCGGAGCUCGCCGACGGAAGAUAAUUUGAGAAGAGGCAGAGAAGAACUACGACCGCGAACUCUGUAAUCUUAUAUAUGACUUAUAGUCUUAUAUAUAUAAAGUAUUUUUCUGUAGGUUAUUUCGCCACCAGUUCUUUUGCGGACAAUUUGAGAUGCAACAAGGCAGUGAUUGUAUGUAUGGUCAGGUGAUGUAUAUUUUUAUUAAGGGAAUGACACUACAAAUAUAGAUCUAGUAAUAAUAAAUUACCAAAAUUUAUUGAACUUCA